AUGGCAGCGUUCACAUUCGGCCUGCCCCUUUUGCUCUUCGUCGUCGUCGUCAUCAUAUCGUACGCUUUCAUAGCGUCGCCGUGCCAGGAGUCGCCCGAGUGGCGGGAGUGUGUGCCCUUGCUGCCAAACAGCAGUUACUACUACGACGCAAAGCUCGACGAUUGCCUGCGCUGGGAUUCGCUGCCCAAGGGAUGCCUGAACGAUUCCAACGGUUUCGAGAACUUGAAGCUGUGCCAGCAGACGUGCAACUUUACCACUCGCAAGGCGUCCGGGAAGCCGCAGGGGAACGACUGCUGGAACGCCGUCAUUGGCGAGGCCUGCGAUGAGCGCCUGCACAAGCUGCAAUAUUUUUUCAAUCCUCUACGCUCGUCGUGCAAGGACUUGAACGACCUGUGCCUGGCGGGCAGAAACCGGUUCCCAAACUACACCGCCUGCGCUGAGACCUGCCUCCCGCGAGACGAUUCGAAUGCCCGCCGCCGCCACCAGGAGGUCUCCCGGGGCUAG